CGGAAUAUUCCGAGGAAAUUCCGAGGAAGCCAAAUUUUGUGUUUCCUCGAAAUUGCCUCGGAAAUUCCUCGGUAUAUUCCGAGGAAUUCAUUUUCCGUCGGAACGUCCGUCAGAAUACCGCUGUUUUCUUGUAGUGACUUAAGGAUAUUGAAUCCCUGCUGGUGUAUUCUUUUUCCAUAUUUGUUUACUAAUUCUCAUUGUUUAGAACUCUUUAUAUAGAAGACUUAAUAGUACAAUCCAGCGUUAAAAAAAAUUGAUUUUGAAUCCAUCACUGAAGUAAUUCCAAUUACAAUAUGUUUCCUUGCAUCAUCACUAUUUGAAUCCAUAGCAAAAAAAUUGUUCUUAAAAAAGACAACUUGAUUCGCAAUGUUGACUGAUGCAAAGAUGUGGAUGCCAAUAUAAAUUUAAUGGGGGUUGUGUGUUUGUGUUUAAAAUGAAAAGAGCAUACCUAUAAAUAGAUAUUUUUUUUGGGAUUUUGCUAUAGUAAAAUCACAUAAUUCUCAUGGCAUAGGUAAAAUAAGGAAUUUAGUAGAUCAACGUUUUACAUAAUAACAACAACAAUGCACAGAUUCGUGGAAACAGUUUUGUGGAUAUGUAUAUGAAAUUCUUCAACAUACCCGGACUGAAAAAAACCAAGCGGUGGCCUUUUACUCCAAGUGUAGUCACUCUGUCAUGUACCGCUGCACGUUCCAAGGAUUCCAGGACACGUGUUGUACACACGCCGGCAACCAACUCUACCGUGAAUGUUAUAUUAUCAGAAUUGUUGAUUUCAUCUUUGGCUAUGCAGCAGCUAUCUUUCAGAGCUGUAAUAUCCUGACACGAAAGCCUCUUCCAAAUCAAAUCAACACCGUACAGCGCAUGCUGCCUCGGAACAGUAUGUCAAGUCUGGCUUCGUGAUUUUCAACAGCACAAUCAUGCCAUAACAAGGUCCAACACUUUUAGAUGCCUUACAAACUUUUAACAACAUAUAUUUACAAUUUUUUCAUAUAUAUAUAUAUAUAUAUGUGUAAAAUAUAAGAUAUCACAAAAAAAAAAUUAAACUAAUUCAACUUCAUUAAUAAUUAUUAAAGAUAAUUUUAUAAAGUUAAUUGUAUAGUAAGAUUUGUUAAUAUUAUCACCAACAUUUAAACUAUAAUCAGUCAUAAUUACUAAAAUCAGUGGUUAAUACAACAUCUCACAUUUAAAAGACAAUAAUUUUUCUUAUAUUUUAUAUAAUUUUUACUUAUAUUUUAUAUAAUUUUUACUUAUAUUUUUAAUAAUUUUUACUUAUAUUUUUAAUAUGUUUACUUACAUUUUAUAUAAUUUUAUUAAGUUUAUAAACAUAAAUUGUAUUUAUUUGAUAGUAAUAAUAAUAAUAAUCAUAAAAAUAUUAGUAUUAUUUAUAUAACUUUUAUUAAUAAAUAUAUUAUGUUUUCUCGUAUUGUAUGCACUAAACGAUGGUUUGUGUGGUUUGUCCUCUGAGCCGGCUCUGUAACUUGGAUGGCCUUGGAAACCGUUUGUAACGGUUCUUGUUAUGAAGAUGUUUUUAGGAGACAUGGUUGAGCCGAGGGGUUAGAUCACAUGGAACCCUAGGACGUUGAGGUAUGGAGAGUACAAGAACACUAGAACUGGCUCGUUGAGGAAAGGGAGGCAACUAGUGAGAAAAUGCCUACGUCUCUUAUCCAAAGGCUUACCCAAACUAGAUGAAAGGAGUUUCCCGUACUGGUUUGGUCCUGACGACCAGAAGUCUCUUCUAACAUGUCAGUGGAUUCCCAAUGUCACAGUGGCGAGUGAUGGAACAGGGGAUUUUCUAACCAUUAGCGAGGCCGUGGUGAAAGUUCCCGAAAGCGGAAAUUCCAAAUUCGUGAUCCACGUCAAGGGAGGGCUCUACCGUGAAAACGUGAUCUUGCCGCCAAAGAAGAGCAAUGUGGUUAUGUUUGGAGAUGGGAAUACGAAGACCAUUGUCUCCGCUGGCUUGAAUAGGCUGGACAAUCCUCUGUUCACAACGUUUCAGACAGCAACUAUCUCGGUUCAUGGAAGAGGUUUUGUGGCAAUGGAUAUGAAGUUCGUCAACACCGCCGGACCGGAAAAGAACCAAGCGGUGGCUUUUCAUUCCAUGUCUACCUUCUCCGUCAUGUACCGGUGCACCUUCGAAGGCUUCCAGGACACGGUGUACGCUCACGCCGGCGACCAAUUCUAUCGAGAAUGUGAUAUCGUCGGAACCGUGGACUUCAUCUUCGGCUAUGCAGCUGCCAUGUUCCAGAGCUGUAACAUCCUCUCAAGAAAGCCACUUCCGAAUCAAAUCAAUACUAUUACGGCGCAGGCUGCCUCGGAUCAGUUUGCCAAGUCCGGGUUUGUGAUUGUUAACAGCACCAUCGGUCCAUACCUAAGAGAACAUCUCACAACAUAUCUUGGAAGGCCGUGGAAGCCGUUUGCGACUGUUCUGGUUAUGAAAACGUAUCUCGGGGACAUGGUUGAGCCUAGAGGUUGGAUCGCCUGGAACAAGGAAGCACCCCCUACGAUGCUGAGGUAUGGAGAGUUCAAGAACUCUGGACCGGGUUCGGGUCUGGGAAGCCGUGUAAACUGGACCGGGUAUGAACCCAGUAUGACGGAGGAAAAGGCGCAGAAGUACACGGUUGAUAUCUUCAUCUUGGUUGAACCAAACUUGCAUCCCUUAUGACCGUUAUGUAUGAUCGGUGUUCUCAGGGGCGGAUCCACGUUCAUAGGUACGGGGUCACCUGCCCCCUACUACCUUUCUAAAUAUUUUCCAUCAUACCUUAUCAAUAUGCGCAACGUAGCUCAGUGGCUUGUAGUUCCCCCAAUAUGUAAUGGAGCAAGGUUCGAUUCUCCACAUUACCAAAUUCUAGUUUAUCCAUUUUCUCUUAUUUCUUCUUUUUACUUUUUAUUCUCGUGUAAAUCUCAUCUCAUUUAAUAUUAUAACAAAAUUUAAAGACAGCCUCUUUACUACAUUUAAUUUAUUACUAAUUUCACCUGUAUUUUUUUUUCCUUACAUCAUCUGUUUGUCUUUCUAACUAAUUAUCUUCUUUUACAUUUCAUUUAAGCAAUUUACCUUGCUCACAUAUAUAUAACAUUUAUUUUACAUCAUUAGUUAAAAUCACUUUAUACUUUUCGAUAAACUAUUUAGACAAUAAGACACCUAAAUCAAUUUUUGAAAAAAAAAAUAUUAAAAUCAAAAUUU